AUUUGAUAGGCUCCCGUUGCAUUUUGCAUCACAACAAACAACCCACUACCUUAAGGUACCUAUCCGUACUCUCUACUCCAAUUGUUUACCUACUUGACUGCUUUGAAGCCCCGAAUCUUCUCUACGCAGCCGAACAUCUACCUUCAAUCAGCUCACUUCAACCUGUUUGAAGUUUUGAAUUCGUUCUGCUCGGUCUCCGCUUCGCACCAUGUCGCCCACCGCCCCGUCGCCCCAACCCUACCUGGUAAAAGUCCACACCUACCUAUCCUCGGCGUCCUCCAGAAAGACCAGCCCAAUGCAAACCUACGAACACCUCCCCAACUUUCCAGCGGCAGCAUCGGAAAACGCCCUGGUAUUCAUAGGCGGCCUAGGCGACGGCCCGCACACGAUCCCCUACGUCCGCACGCUCGCCGAGCGCCUCUUCUCUUCCUCUUCCCCUUCCCCUUCCCCUUCCUCCUCCUCCUCCUCCGCAGCAGCCGUCGCAGGCCCUUAUUACGCGGUGUUCGAGGCGCGCCUGACCAGCGCCUUCACGGCGUUCGGCUACGGCUCCCUGGCGCAGGACGCGCGCGAGAUCGGCGAUUUGGUGCGGUACCUGCGCAGGGACCUGGGCAUGCGGAAGGUGGUGCUCAUGGGCCACAGCACGGGGUGUCAGGACUGCUUGGAGUAUGGGACUAAGUUCGUGUUUGAAUCUUCUUCUGCUUCUGAUGAUGAUGAUGACGCCGAGGUUGUUCGGGUGGAUGGCUUUGUGCUGCAGGGCCCGGUGUCGGAUCGCGAGGCGAUUGCGAUGGGGGAGGAUGCGGCGGAGGUGGCGGCUGCCUUGAGGGUUGCGGAAGAGAUGGUGAAGGAGGGUAAGGCCGGGGAGGUCAUGCCCCAGAACGCGAUGCCUAAGGGGUGGAAGGGGAGUCUGGUGACGGCGUAUCGAUGGCUAUCGUUGGCUGGGGUCGGCGGCGACGAUGAUUACUUCUCCUCGGACCUGUCUGACGAGAAGCUUACCAGCAUUUGGGGCAAGCUGGAGCAGCCUGUGUUGAUACUGCCGUCGGAGAAGGAUGAAUGGGUGCCUCCGCAGAUUGACGUCGUCGGGCUUGUCAACAGGUGGAAGCGCUUCUGCAAGCCUGGCGUCGCCAGCGAGUGCAGUGGGCUCAUUCCUGGUGCGAAUCACCGGGUGGAAAACGCCGACGGGCAGCACUGGCUCGCAGAGCGGGUGGCCCGAUUCCUCAUUACCAUCGACAGUCAGCGGAUCGAGGAAUUGUAGAAUGCAGAUACCCUAGCAUAUACCAAUCAUAUGGAAGAGAAUAUACAAUCCCCAUUGAUUUGAGAACAAGACAACAUCGGCCUUAUCUUCUUCA